AUGUGCCUGUACACAGCCAGGAAAGUUCCGCACCCACUUCUACCCAAGGUGAAGACAGAACUAGAGUCCAUGUUGAAGCAAGGGGUAAUCUCAAAAGUGACCGAACCAACAAAGUGGUGUUCAGGGAUGGUUCCAGUACUAAAGCCCAAUGGUUCAGUUAGAAUUUGUGUAGACCUCACAUCACUGAACAAAGCAGUUGAACGAGAGAUUCAUCCGAUGUCUUCAGUGGAUGAAAGCCUUGCAAAACUGGGAAAGAGUACAAUCUUCACAAAAUUAGAUGCCAACAGUGGUUUUUGGCAGAUACCACUGAGUGACGAGUCUAAGCUGCUUACAACUUUCGUCACCCCAUUUGGGAGAUUCUGCUUCGACCGACUGCCAUUUGGCAUAACGUCUGCGCCCGAAGUCUUCCAAAGAACAAUGUCAAAUAUCCUGGAAGGACUUGAUGGAGUGAUUUGCCACAUGGACGAUGUGCUAAUCCAUGGUGUAACACAAGCAGACCAUGAUACCAGAGUUCGAGCUGUCCUUCAACGUUUGCAGGAAGCAGGAAUCACACUAAACCAUGACAAGUGUGAAUUCUCACAACAGAGAGUGAAGUUCCUGGGGCACUUCAUAGACAGAACUGGUGUCAAAGUUGAUCCAAGCAAGACAAAAGCCAUUCGUGAUUUUCCAGCUCCACGUACAGUGAAGGAGUUACAAAGAUUCCUAGGAAUGGUGAACCAGGUGGGGAAAUUCCUCCCCGCACUAGCUUCUAUCAGUGAACCACUACGUCAACUUCUGAAGAAGGACAAUGUAUGGUGCUGGACAGAAGUACAACAGAGAUCUUUCAAACAGAUCAAAGAGAUGUUGAUCUCAACAGAAGUCUUGGCUCAUUACGAUCCUGCACUACCAACAGUCAUUGCAGCAGAUACAUCCUGUACCGGAAUUAGUGCAAUCCUGUAUCAAGUGCAGAGAGAUGGAAAACGUAGACCAGUGUGCUAUGCAUCUCGAUCACUAACAGAGACUGAGCAGAGGUAUGCUGUGAUCGAAAAAGAAGCACUGGCAGCUACUUGGGCAUGCGAGAGAUUCUCUGAGUAUGUCCUGGGUCUUCACUUCGAAGUAGAAACUGACCACAAGCCAUUGGUCACACUUCUAAACUCGAAGGAACUUGCCAAGAUGCCUCCGCGUCUCCAACGCUUCAGAAUGAGAAUGAUGAGAUUUGACGCAAAGACUCUGUAUGUUCCUGGAAAACAGCAGACUUCAGCUGACACCUUGUCACGAGCGCCAGUAGAGAGGCCAGGAAGGAAUGAUGUCCGUUUCAUAGAGGAGGUUGAAUCCUAUGCAUCAACAUCAACCAUCAACCUACCAGUAACAGUGAAAAGACUAGAUGAAAUCAGAAAAGCACAAAAAGCAGAUGAAGUAUGUGCACAAGUCAGGGACUACUGUAUCAAGGGAUGGCCAGCAUAUAUGCCACACAACCCUAUCCUGAAGAACUACUUUGAGCAGAGAGGACACUUGAGUGUGGUAGAUGACUUGCUGGUCUAUGAUGAAAGAUUGAUGAUUCCAAGAGCUCUGAGACUUGAUGUCCUUGAGAGGCUACAUCAAGGACAUCUAGGAAUAACCAAAUGCAGAGGAAGAGCCAGAGAAUCAGUGUGGUGGCCAGGUCUAUCAACAUCAUUGGAGGAAAUGAUUUCAAACUGUACAACCUGUGCUAUCCAUCGACCACAAGUCCAAGAGCCUUUGAUGACCUCGUCAUUCCCUUCAAGGCCAUGGGAACGUCUUGGAAUGGACUUGUUCGAACACAAAGGAAAAACAUUCCUGAUAGUCGUUGACUACUUCUCAAGGUGGAUUGAAAUCAAACAACUGCAAGGUCAGACAACAGCAGCAGUGAUUUCUUCCCUAAAAGAGAUCUUUGCAACACAUGGGAUUCCAGACCUUGUAGUAUCAGACAAUGGCCCACAAUUUGCCAAUGAGAACUUCAGAAAGCUUGCUGAAGAGUAUGGAUUUGUCCAUACUACCAGUUCUCCCAGGUACCCGCAGGCAAAUGGUGAGGCAGAACGAGGAGUUCGCACUGUCAAGGCAUUGCUGAAAAAGAACCAUGACAUCAACCUAGCCCUUCUCAGCUACCGAGUAUCUCCACUCCAAAAUGGGCUAGCUCCAUCAGAACUUUUCAUGGGCAGGAGAUUGAAGACUCAGGUUCCUGUGUUACCACACACGCUCCUGCCACAACUACAACAGCAGGACCUGAAAUCUGUGAGAGAGAAAGAGGAGAAGUACCGGUCAGAUCAGAUGAUGACCUACAACAGACGUCAUGACUCACGUGAGCUUCCAGAGCUACAGCCAGGAGAUUUGGUUUGGAUCCGUGAUCAGUCUCGCUAUGGGAGAGUUAUCCAGAAAGCAAUACAACCAAGAUCCUACCAUGUCCAGACAGAGCAUGGUACAAUACGUCGCAAUCGGAAGGCACUGAUUUCCAUCCAGGACCAGGCAAAGACGACAGUGCCAGAUCCUUCCAGUGACGUGCCAACCAUGCAGCCCUGA